AUGGGGAAAGAGCGCCUCAUACCCCUUCUUCUGGCUGUGGCUGUCCUGUACAACGCUGGCGCGGGCGAUACCUCCAACGACGAUGUCGCGACGGCUUUGAGAUCCGAGGAAGCCGACUGCCCAGAAGCUCUCCGGCUCCUCCAGCGCCGGCAGCGGCGCAGCUUGGAGAUGGCUGGUGACACAGACCUGGCUCAGGCUGGAGCAGUGGAUUGCUCCAGCGUGGAGAUCUUGGAUUUGUCCGGCAGUCGGAUUACUCGCUGGCCCUUCCGGCCGGGACAAAGUUGCCCUCAGCUACAAAACCUUGACUUGUCCGACAACCUCCUGCAGGAGCUUCCGGACGGCGCUUUUGUCGGCAUGCCCAAUCUAACCGUCCUCCGGCUCGCCCACAACGGCUUGAUGGAGUUUCCGAACAUGACGGGCUUGAGAUCUCUCUGGGAGUUGGACCUGAGCUCCAAUGCCAUCUCCUCGAUACCUGCGGGAGCUUUGUUCGACAAUCCCGAGGUGGUGCAUCUGGACCUGAGCCGGAACGAGCUCAGUGACCUGCCCAGCUCCGGCGAGUGGCUGCCCGAGUCCAACGUCCUUAGCUACCUGACGGUCGCUCACAACCGGAUCAGCUCUCUUGGAGACGCGUUCCUUCGGGGAUUUGAGGAUCUGGACUGGCUGGACUUGAGCGGGAACGGCUUAAUGAUGCUGGAUCCCGAAUCUUUUGCGGGAGUAGAGGACUUGGACAAUCUUCUUCUCAUCGGCAACCCGCUCGGCUGCCGACUCCCUCUUAUUGCGACCUGCUUCUGUCCUGGCGAUUGCUCUGCGAACACUACACGCGAGGCAGCAGAGGAGGGGGAUGAGGAGGAUGGUGAGGACGAGGAUGAGGAUGAGAUUGACGACGGGCCUUUGAUAAAGGUUCCUGCCUCCUGGUGCGAACUGCCACUGUGCAUUUCCAAGCGUUCCGUCAACUCGAGCAGCAAUGCCUCCGUCGCCAGAGCCGAGCGGGAGACGUUUGGAAACAGCACAUCUGGCAGUGCAGUCGGGAAUGUUUCCAACACCACCUAUGUGGCCGCGAAGAGCGGAAGCAGUCUCAACAAGACAUCCGCCAGCGUAACUGGCGGCAGUUCAAACACUACCUACGUGGAGGCAAAAGCCAAAAGCUCUGGAAACAGCACAUUAGCGAGUAAAGCCGAGAACAUAUCCAAAAGCCUGGAUGUGGUCUACAGUGCGGCUACAAAGAUUCCGAAGGAAAAGGAAGGAGAGGCAUCAGCAGACGCAGGCGAAGCUUCUGUUCCGGAGGAGCAAGCGCAGGAGGUCGAGGCAGCGAUGGAGGAUGCUCUUCCCAGUUUUCUGCAAACUGCGUGGGCCUACGUCGUCCGCGACAUCGACAAGACGGUGAGGGACGUGGGCCGCAAGUUCCUUCAAGACAAGUCGGUGCCAUGGCAGAUCCGGAUCCGACGAGCUCAGGCGUUACAGCGGCUUGGUCAAGUCUUUGUUUCGGAGGGCGCUUUGGCGGCAAAAGCCGCGGCUGCCAGCUCCGUCCCCGAUCCAGGUGCUGCCAACGCAGAGGCUGCUGGCCCCACUUCGGCAGCGAAGGCUGUCUUGCAGGAGGCGUUCGAGCUGCACUCGAAGCCCUACACCGUCUGUUGCGCAAUGGGGCUGGGGACGACCACCCCCAAAGGGCAGGUGACGGAGGGCCGCCUGCGGAGACACCUUGUCACCAGUGUCGGUUGUGUGGCUCAGUGGGGAAGCUUCCAGCCUACCGCCCAGGCAGUCCAAGCAGUGGUGCACCCUUUGGCACCACCCAUGCCGUUAGACUCGCAACUGCCUCCAUCUGUCGUGCCCGAGCAGCUGCUCGACAUUUCAGUGCCCCUGCUGGAAGCCCUUGAGGUGUUGGAGGGUUGUGAUGAGACUGAGGUGUUUGAGGUAGUUGAGAGCUAUGUUGAGCCUCUCCCCAUGCUGCGAAAAACGGUGCGUACAUGGGGGGACAACCACCUUGGAUCAGCCUGGCAUGAGAUGGUCGUUGAAAGCCUUCUUCUGGUGUUAGAUCCUGAUGUCUUGGCAGAGUCGCGUCAGCAAUCAGUCCGGCCCCCAGCCAUUUCGUCUCUUCCUCCGGACAAAUGGCCUUCUCCUAGUCCGCUACCAAUGACGUUGUCUGGCGAACCGGAGGUUAAGUCGCUGAUGCCUCCACCGAGUCAAGUUCUGUCAAUCCAGGAACCGACCAGCAUGACUGUACGACAAGCUGUGUCGUACGUUAUGUGGCUGGAUGCUGCGACAGCACUGUGUGCUGAGUGCGUUGAGACCGUGCGUACCGGACCUGUCAGCCUCCUGUGCCCAGGACUGAAACAAGCUCUAGGACCCGGUGCAGUUUGGCUUGAGGCCGCUGGCUUCGCCUUCAAUCCCAUAGGGAUGCACUCAGCCCACUGA